UGCCUUCAGAUGUGGGUGUCAGUAACAGCCAGCUUCACGGAAGCGUCCAGGGACAUUCAGCACGUGCCAGUGAAGUUGCGCCAGUGUCUCUUCUACGACGAGUCUCCGUACCUUCCUUUCUACACCCAUAGCGACUGCAUGUUGAAGUGCCGCAUGCUGUUCCUCCUGGAAAAUUGUAACUGCACCCCCUUUAAUAUGCCCAAGAUGAUACAUGCUCGGACUUGCGACAUGCGGGAUGUGGCUUGCUUGAGGAUGUACUACGCUCAGUCAAUAACAGUCCGACCAAACGUGGAAGAGGUUCCUCCAGAGUUGGAGCUGGACAACGUGGGUGGAGGGAUAAACUGCCCCAUGUGCUACCCGACCUGCUCGAAGACAGCCUACAAUUAUUACUUCAACAAUAUCAACAUAUACCCGGAGAUGCUCAACAGUGUUCCAGAUAGCGACAGAGACGAUUGGCUACAAGGCGCGAACUACACCGGAACUUCGAUUGUACACGUCAAGUACGGGAGGGAAGUCGCCGACUGCUACGGCCAAAACGUUAUCAUGAAGUGGUUCGAUUUGAUUAGUAAUAUUGGUUCAACGUGUGGUUUCCUGACAGGCUUUAGUUUUGUAUCGGUCCUGGAAUUCAUCUACUUCUUCACCGUAAAACUCUUCCGCGAAGUAGAGUCCCGUAGGAAGAAGAAUCGCAAAGUUACCUUCGACAGACCCACUCCUGCCCAAUUCGAGAAGAACAUCAGCAGAUACAGACCGAUUUAUUGGAACGAACUCAGAGGGACCAAUGUGCAGAGUAGUAAAGACAACAGAGAUUUUGGGCACAUGUAAAGGUACUUUAGAUUUCGUGUUGCACAAUUAUGAAGCAAAGGUGUGUUUUCUAUAGUAAACUGUAUUGUUCGAGGAUAAUAACGAAAUAUUAGUCGCAAUAAAACACAAUCGGCACAAAUAAUCAAAACACCUGUUCAGUUCUCAUUGUGAUUACGAUCUCUAUUAGAUUUCACUGGACAUUUGUUCAUUAUCGUAAGCUGUUUGUAACUAUUAUGUAUGACACGAAACCCUUCAUAUAAAUAAAGAGCAUAGCAAUAA